UUGUUUUAAUUGUAGAUUAGAGUAUUAAUCAAUCAAUGUUUAUGACGUUUAGAUGUUGAAAUUAGCUAUGAUGUAAGGUCAUUAUGGAUCGUCUUCCAUGUACAGCGAUGAGCUGAGCCCAGAAAUUAGCCUCAUAAUGAUUGCAGACUAUCUAUAUAAAUACGAAUAAUAACUCUAAUUAAUAUAAACAAACAGCUUAAACUUUACAUUGGAAUCGUCAAUUCAUACUUUCUAUGGACAUUCUAUAGAAUAUUGAACCAUAAAUUAAUACCAAUAUCACCCUUCUCUUCAUCUAAUUCAUGGUUCGAAAAUUUUCAAUGAUUUUUCCCAUUUCCUGUAUAUAACCCAAGGGUCAAUUGUUUGGUACCUGAAAAAAUGGAUAACUAUAUAAAACCUGAAAUUCGAAAACUUUAAAUGUUGAUAAUUGAUCGUUAGAUACUAUACUGAAGGUAAGGGAUGACUGAUUAUUAUGCUGACAGAGGUGCUCGUUUAGGUGGUGGUGAACAUGAAAGAGAUUAUAAUCAUGCUACUGAUAGUCAAUAUAAGACUCUUCGUGGUAAGGCUGAAGAAUUAUAUGAUAAACGUAAACAAUUAAGUGCUCAAUCUCAACAAGCUUAUAAACAAGGUGAUAAAGAAAGAGCUCAUGAAUUAAGUGAGCAAGCCAAGAGUGUGUUGAAUGAAGCUGAAGGGUAUAAUCGUCAAGCUGCCGAAUAUGUCUUUAGAGAAAAUAAUACUGAUAGUGGACCUGAUGAAAUUGAUUUACAUGGAUUAUAUGUUAAAGAAGCAGAAUAUAUUUUACAACAAAGAAUUGCAAAUUCGAUUAGAACUAAUCAAUCUCAUAUUAGAGUUAUUGUGGGUAAAGGGUUACAUUCUGCUAAUGGGAUUGCUAAAUUGAAACCAGCCAUUGAUCAAAUGUGUGAUGAAUGUAGUUUAAAACAUCAUAUGGAUCCUCAUAAUUCAGGAGUUUUAGUGAUUGAUUUAAGUAAUACUCAAUCAUCUCAAGUUCCAAAUCAUUGGAAUGCACCAGUUUCUCAACCUCAACAAGCUUAUCAUGGUUCUGGUCAACCACAAUACCAACAACAACAACAUUAUCAACAACCUCAAUAUCAACAACAACAACAACAAGGUGGACAAAAUGAUGAUCUUGUGGGAGGUAUUCUUAAACUUAUUUGUGCUUGUCUUAAGUAAACGGAGAUUAAAAUGACUUUAGAUUGUAUUAUUCAUUUAAUUGUGUAGGUAUAUAUGUAUGUAUUUGUUUUUUAUAUAGCAGGUAUACAUAAAAAAGGAAAAUAAAUUUAAAAAUAAAAUAAACUUUAACAAGAAUUA